CACUGAUUGGCAGCACUGAUAAGUGGUACUGACUGGCAUUGAUAGGUGGCACUGACUGGCACUGAUGGGUGACACUGAAAGGCAGCUCAGAUGGGCACUGAUAUGUGGCAUUGAUGUGGCACUGAUGGGCAUGGAAAUGUGGCACAGAUGGGCACUGGCAGGUGACAUUGAUGAGCACUGAGAGCUGGCCCUGAUGGACACUGACAGGCGGCACUGCUGGGGCUACACAGAUCAUCAGGGCACACUGAUCAUCAGUGCUCUGAUGAUCACUGACAGCGUGACAGCUCAUGGAGAAAGAAGUGCCGAUAACCGGCAUUUCCCUGUUUACAUGUGAUCAGC